AUGUCAAACCUUACAAAACUUGAGUUUGUGGCUCUUGACAUUACUGGGAAGAACUACUUAUCUUGGGUACUAGAUGCGGAAAUUUACCUAAAUGCCAAUGGUCUGGGAGACACAAUUAAGGCAGAAAAUAAGGCAUCUAAUCAAGAAAAGGCUAAAGCUAUUAUCUUUUUACGCCAUCAUUUACAUGAAGGACUAAAAAUGGAAUAUUUGACCAUUAAAGACCCACUCAUUCUUGGGAACAAUUUGAAAGAAAGGUAUGACCACCAGAAAACUGUCAUUCUCCUAAAAGCUCGUUAUGAAUGGAUGCACUUGCUCUUACAAGAUUUUAAAUCUGUUAGUGAGUAUAAUUCUGUGAUAUUUAGAAUCAGUUCUCAACUGAAAUUAUGUGGAGAAAAAGUCACUGAUGAAGACAUGUUGGAGAAAACAUUCUCCACAUUUCAUGCAUCCAAUGUGCUCUUAUAG